AUCCCAAAAGUUUUUGUUGCCCGUUCCUACUUCGCCAAUUCUCAUAUCUCUCCCCCUCUCCGCCGUGGCCGCCGUCUUCUUCCUCGUCUCAAUGGUUCUCUCUUCUUCGCUCUGCCAUUGCCACCGCCAACUUGAAGCUAGGCAAGCAAGGUCACGCAUGUAUCAUAACCUCCGGCCACCUCCCCGAUCAGUUUCUGACCAACAAUCUCAUCACCAUGUAUUUCAAAUGCGGGUCCCUCUUCUACGCCCGCCAGGUGUUUGAUAAAACCUCUGACCGUGAUCUCAUUACUUGGAACUCCAUUGUAGCUGCCUAUGCGCACUCUGCCGAUUCCAGUGUCGAGAAUCUUCUCGAGGGCUUUCGCCUCUUUGGCCUUCUGCGGGAGUCUGGUUUUUCAGCGACUCGGCUUACUUUGGCGCCAAUCUUGAAGCUGUGUUUGGUUUCCGGCUUUGUGGAGGUAUCUGAGGCUGUUCAUGGAUUUGCUGUUAAGAUUGGAUUGGAGUUGGACCUGUUUGUUUCAGGGGCUCUUGUGAAUAUUUACUGCAAAUAUGGCUUGCUUGGUGAGGCACGUUUACUGUUCAAUGAAAUGCCUGAAAGAGAUGUUGUGCUGUGGAAUGUCAUGCUCAAGGCUUACGUUGAACAUGGCUUCGAGGACGAAGCUCUUCGGUUCUUCUCUGCAUUUCAUCGGAGUGGGAUCUUACCCGAUUUCUCGAGCCUGCAUUGUCUUCUUGGUGGUGUUAACAAUGACGGUUCUGAUAACAUAAAGAGGUACAAGGAGCAGGUCAAGGCCUAUAAGAUGAAGAUGUUUCCAUUGGACGAGGGCUUGGAUAUACUUUCUUGGAACAAGAAAUUGUCGGAAUAUCUUCAAGCGGGCCAAAAUUUGGUAGCUGUUGGUUGUUUUAAGAGCCUGUUUAGAUCAGCAGAAGGAUAUGAUAGUGUAACAUUAAUCGUCGUUCUAUCCGCAGUUGUUGGCACGGGUAAUCUUGACUUGGGGGAACAAAUUCACGCACUUGUUAUAACAAGUAUGAAUUUGAUUUGGCUUCUUGGAACGCAUUGAUGUUUGGGUACAUAAAGAGUAACAAAACUAAAAAGGCGUUAGAACUUUUGAGUCUGAUGCAUGCAACGGGGGUGCUGAUCGAUGAAAUCACGUUGGCAACCGCAAUGAAAGCUUCCAGUUACUUGAUCAAUUUGGAGCAAGGUAAACAAGUUCAUGCUCAUUCAAUAAAAUUAGGAUUCAACGAUGAUUUAUGGGUCAGUAGUAGUAUUUUGGACAUGUACAUUAAAUGUGGAGACAUGCCAAAUGCUUUUGAAUUGUUCAAUGAAAUUAGCAGACCUGAUGAUGUUGUUUGGACGACUAUGAUCUCGGGUUAUGUGGAAAAUGGAGACGAGGAUCGUGCUCUUUCUGUGUACCGGUUAAUGAGGGUAUCAGGAGUUAAACCUGAUGAAUAUACCUUUUCUACUCUUAUCAAAGCUAGUUCUUGUUUAACCGCUCUUGAACAGGGGAGACAGAUUCAUGCUAAUGUGAUAAAGUUGGAUUAUGCUUUGGACCAUUUUGUUGGUACUUCCCUAGUCGACAUGUAUUGCAAAUGUGGUAGUGUUCGAGAUGCCUAUAGUGUGUUCGGGAAGAUGGACGUUGGGAAAGUUGCCUUCUGGAAUGCCAUGUUGUUAGGUUUAGCCCAACACGGUAAUGCAGAUGAAGCUCUCAAUCUUUUCAAAAUUAUGCAAUCAAAUGGUAUUGAGCCUGAUAAAGUUACCUUUAUUGGGGUUCUUUCUGCUUGUAGCCAUUCUGGUUUGUUUUCUGAAGCCUACAAAUAUUUUGAUGCAAUGCUCAAAAUAUAUGGCAUUGUUCCUGAUAUCGAGCAUUACUCGUGUCUGGUGGAUGCCUUUGGCCGGGCAGGACGCAUUCAAGAGGCUGAAAACGUAAUUGUAUCGAUGCCAUUUGAAGCCUCCGCCUCGAUGUAUAGAGCGUUGCUUGGUGCUUGCAGGACUAAGGGAGAUACAGAAACAGCAAAACGUGUUGCUGACAAACUCGUGGCCUUGGAUCCGUCGGAUUCGUCAGCUUAUGUCCUCUUAUCCAAUAUAUAUGCUGCAUCCAGGCAAUGGGAUGAUGUUACUGAUGCUAGAAACAUGAUGAAGCUGAAAAAUGUUAAGAAGGACCCGGGUUUUAGUUGGAUCGACGUGCAAAACAAGGUGCAUUUGUUCGUGGUGGAUGAUCGAUCCCAUCCGCAAGCUGAUCUGAUAUAUGAGAAAGUAGAGGCUCUGAUGAAGAGAAUAAGAGAAGAAGGAUCAUACGUCCCAGACACAGACUUCAUGUUGCUUGACGUUGAAGAAGAGGAAAAAGAACGUGCGCUCUACUAUCAUAGCGAGAAACUCGCAAUAGCUUACGGACUUAUCAUCACUCCUCCCUCGGCAACCAUCCGCAUUAUAAAGAACCUAAGGGUAUGUGGUGAUUGCCAUAGCGCCAUAAAGUGCAUAUCAAAGCUCACAAAGAGGGAGAUUGUUGUAAGAGAUGCAAAUCGCUUCCAUCACUUCAGGGAUGGAACUUGUUCUUGCAGUGACUACUGGUAGCUAGUAUAGUAUCUAGUUCGAUAUAUUUGCGUAGUAUUUAACCUGCUUUCUAAUCCAUUGGUUUUUUAGCUUGUUGUUAUGUUUACUGCAAUAAUUCUGUACCAAAUUUGUGACUUUCCGUAAUUGAUGCAAUUUUACUUGUUUUUCGAUUGUUCUGUG